AUGUAUCCAUUGCGAAUUCUGUUCCAACAGGGUUUGGCUUAUUUGCAAGAUCUCGAUGAAGACAAGAUUGAAAACCUAGAAAAUCUCGGAUUCUAUCUAUCUAAAAGCUUUGUUAUGGCUAGUUGCAGCAGUUGGCUUUUGAUGAAUGAUCAUAGUUUCUUAUAUCUUUUGAACGUGUUUACUAGCGAGACGAUCAACCUUCCAUCGAUGGAGUCAUGUCAAGAAGAAAGAGACGAUGAAUAUGAAGAUUUCAUCAAGUCCACGUACAAAAGACAAAAGGUAAUAAAAUAUUCUCCUGCCAAGAAUCCAGCUUGUUUUUGGAUAAACGACAAAACAAGGGAUUACGUUGUAGCUUGGAACCACCACGACCAAAACAACUUGUUUACAGUUAAGAAAGGAGAUGACUAUUGGUACACCUUUGAAGGCAUUAACUGUGUAGACAUGGCGUAUAAGGACCACAAGCUUUACCUAUAUACAUAUGAUUGCUACAUCAAGAUUUUUGAUUUCUCUGGAGAUUUCCCUAACGAAGUCACUCGAGGAAACCCGUAUCGUAACCAUCCGUUUCGCUAUGAUUUGCAACAUCAGGAAUCCUUUUGGAAGGCGAAGGUUGCGAUAACGAACUCGGGGGAUGUUUUGAUCGUUGCGAGUAUGAAAAGGUUAGAAGAGAAACGUUUCUUUAAAAUCUUCAAGAUGAAUAUGGAAAGUGGUGACUGGGAAAUAGUAGAUUCUCUAGGAGGUGAGGUGUUGAUAUUUGGUCAUGGGGUAACAAUCAAAGAUGUUAAUGGUUUGGGAGUCAAGAGUGAUUCAAUCUGUUUUGGUCAUGAUGAUCUUUGCCCAAGACCAAGAGGCUGUCGUCGUAGUUUUAAACCCAACAGAAAGUCUGGUGUGUUUGAUCUUGCGACAAGUAGAAUCACAUUAUUAGCAGAUUGGUGCUCGAAGAGUUUCUGGUUUGUUCCUGGAUUUGCGUAACUCUUCGAUUAGACGUCUAAAG